AUGGCAUCUUCUAGACUUCCCAUCCUUAUAGCAUUGGCAUUUUCCUCUUUGUCCUUUGUUCUUUCCCAUUCAAACAAGGAGAUGUGGUUUCAGGAUUUCUUUCCACCUAACACGUGCCCUAUAAAUGCCAAAGCCAACACUUUUUACGGCAUAAUGUUUGACGCAGGGAGCACUGGAACCCGGAUUCACAUUUACACCUUUGUGCAGAAGAGCCCAGAGAACCUUCCAGAGUUGGAAGGGGAAAUCUUUGAAUCUGUGAAGCCAGGUCUAUCUGCAUAUGCUGAUCAGCCUGAAAAGGGUGCUGAAACUGUCAAAAGAUUGCUAGACAUGGCCAUAGAUGCUGUGCCACCUCACCUCUGGAAGAAGACCCCAGUAGUGUUAAAAGCCACAGCUGGACUGCGCUUGCUUUCAGAGGAGAAAGCCCAGGCUCUGCUUCUAGAGGUCAGAGAAGUCUUUGAGGAAUCACCAUUUCUUGUUCCAGAGGACAGUGUUAGCAUCAUGGAUGGGUCUCAUGAAGGAGUUUUAGCCUGGAUCACUGUGAACUUUUUGACAGGGCAGCUGACUGGCCAGAACCAGCAUACUGUUGGGACUCUGGACUUGGGAGGAGCCUCGACCCAAAUCACAUUCCUGCCACGGUUUGAGGAAACUUUGAAGGAAACCCCUGGGGAUUUUCUUACCUCAUUUGAAAUGUUUAAUAGCACCUACAAGCUCUAUACCCACAGCUAUUUGGGGUUUGGACUAAAAGCUGCCAGACUAGCAACGCUUGGAGCUUUGAAUAGGGAAGCUGUGGAUGGACAAAUGUUCCGCAGUUCUUGUUUGCCAAAGCAGCUGGAAGCAGAGUGGCACUUUGGGGGAGUGAAAUACCAGUAUGGUGGCAACAAAGAAGGAGAAACAGGAUUCAGGCCUUGCUACUUGGAAGUACUUAAGGUUGUCAAAGGGAAACUGCACCAACCAGAUGAAAUUCGUGGAAGUUCCUUCUAUGCUUUCUCCUAUUACUAUGAUCGAGCAGUUGACACCAACCUAAUUGAUUAUGAACAGGGAGGUGUUUUGGAAGUGAGAGAUUUUGAAAGAAAAGCCAAAGAAGUCUGUAAUAACAUGGAGAGGUACAGCUCAUCCAGUCCUUUCCUCUGCAUGGAUCUCACUUACAUCACUGCUUUACUAAAGGAAGGUUUUGGAUUUAGGGACAACACGCUCUUACAGCUAACAAAGAAAGUGAACAACAUAGAGACAAGCUGGACUUUGGGUGCUACCUUUCACCUGCUGCAGUCUCUAGGGAUAACCUAUUGAGCUGUGACAUUCCUGUGGACUUCAGCAUUUCUGAAAGGCUGAGAAAGCAA